AUGGGGCCAAAUAUCUCUGAAAACAGGAGUGCUUUUGUGAUUAAUAUACAUCCUUGCUAUGAAAUACAUGAUUUUGAUUACAUUCUGUCCAACACUCCUUCUGUUGUCUGCUUUGUGUUGUAUAUUUUCAUCUUCUUGUUGUCCGUUGUCACCGUAUUUGGGAACCUCCUCGUUAUAAUCGCCAUCAUUUACUUCACUCAGCUGCACAGUCCGACAAACUUCCUCAUCCUCUCUCUGUCUGUGGCCGACAUGCUCGUUGGGAUUGUAGUUUUUCCUCUCAGCAUGGCGUUUUCUCUCAGCUCCUGUAUGCACCACGAGGAUUUGUUUUGCAAAAUACGAAGCAGUUUUGACGUGUCGCUGAGCACGUGUUCAAUUCUGAACCUGUGUUGUAUUUCCAUCGACAGGUAUUACGCAGUGUGUCAGCCUCUGUCGUAUAAAGCUAAAAUCAGCCAUCGUGUAGCUGUGCUCAUGAUUCUGAUGAGCUGGGGGGGUUCUGCUCUGAUUGGUAUUGGUAUCUUAAUUGCUGGACUUAAUGAGAAAUGUGAUGAUUUGUGUUUUAUUGACAAGCUCAUGGAAAACACAAUCGGACCGAUUCUAUCAUUUUACUUCCCAGUGAUCAUAAUGCUUUGUAUCUACCUGAAGAUUUUCCUCGUUGCGCAGAGACAGGCUCGCAAAAUCAUGAACAUAGCCUGUCAGAGCACAAAGUCAGGAGCUACAGUCAGUAAGAUGGAGAGAAAAGCCACCAAAACUCUGGCUAUUGUUUUGGGAGUUUUCCUCUUAUGUUGGACUCCUUUUUUUCUCUGCAUCACCUUUCCUUCUUUAAGCAACGCAGCUCCAGUUCCUGUUAUUGAAACCCUGAACUGGCUGACACUUUCAAACUCUAUGCUGAAUCCGUUCAUAUAUGCUUUCUUUUACAGCUGGUUCAGGUCGGCUUUCAGGAUGAUCGUUUCUGGGAAGAUAUUGAGAGGGGAUUUAACCAAGACAAAAUUACAAAACUAGGCUGAAUGUUUCUGUAUGAAAAUUUAGUAAAACACUGUUUGUGAUCUGAAUGAGUAAAGCAACACACUUCACCCGAGAUCAGAACUGAAAAAGAAAUAUCUGUCGAUGUUUUUAUACACUGCAAAACAUGAUUUUUAGUGUUUUUGUCUUAUCUGUAGAAGAGAGUCUAUUUUGCUAAAUUAAAUUCACCUGAUAAGUCCAGAAUAUACGCUGAAUUGCCUGUACUGAUUAAAAAAUGAUAUCUGGUAAAUGUGGCAAAAAAUAUAAGAAUAAGACAGAAACACUAACAUGGAAUAGAUUUUCUUUUACAGAAUAGUAAAGAUUUUGAGCUCAACUCCCCUUUAAAUGCCAGGAAUCAAAAGUUUACAUUGAGAAAGUUAAAAUUCAUAAUGGGAUAAUAUGUCUGUCUCAUGCAGGACAAUAACUAUGAAUACAAUUUUUCUUGUUUUUUCCAUUUUUGAUAAUAAAAGCUCUUAAUUCAUAUACCAUGUGUGUCUGAAAUGUUUUGGGUAACUAUUUCUGGAGCAAAAGCUCAUUCAUAUGUGAAUCAUUGUAUAAAAAACGUCUAUUUUUCGUAAGAUCUUGCAAGAAGCAGCAAAUUUGUGUUUCACAAGAAGUCAGAGUAGGUUGUGCAGUCUCUGUAUGAAAUGACUGCAGGCUGUGACACAACAGUUGUAUGUUUUAUGGGCUCUGUGCACAGCUCCACUACUUCCUGCACUUAAGGCAGCUCCUUUAUUUCCUGUCUCACAUUAAUGGACAAACUGUUUAACCCAGGUGUGACUGAAUAUUGUGACUACUCAGACACACCUGGAUUAAUCAGUUUGUCCAAAUAUGUAAGACAGAAAUAAAAGCAGCUGCCUUAAGUUCAGGAAGUAGAGGCUCGGUGCAGAGAGCCCAUUGUUUUUGCUUUGCGAUUUCAGAGGCACUCAAUUUCGAGCUAGCCCUUGAAAUAUAUUGUAAUUUAAAUAUUCUUGUAGAAAUGCAGUGAAUAGCAGAAAGCACUGAAUCACUCAGUAAGGUCUGAUUGAACCAGUACAAGAAACUGUAGAGUGAGCAGGUGGUCAUGCAGGAUACAAUCCGGACAGUGUGAGUGGGAUCCUAAUGUGAAACCGAGGUUUCGUGUCUCACCUUAAAGAUUUACACAUUUGGUUAGGUUGCACCCAUGCACAUCUGGCAUUAACUGAUCGGUUUGUAGUCAGACCAAAUGUCAUUUUGUUUUCCAUUUGCCAGACAGCGCCACCCUGGGAAUUUCACCCACAGAAUUAUUUCCUUUACUUCCCAACAAAAGAACAAAGGUUUGUAACACUCAGGAGGCCAGAGACGUGGUUCCAGUUGUAAAAAUGAACACUUUAUUGAAAUCAAAUUUUAAAACAGUUUUUAAAGACACUCGCACAGGAGGGCAGGGGAAAAACAAACAGGUGCUGAGGCUUACCUGAUGGAUAGGGGGCUAGUGAAGGAGGGGGGAGAAAUCCGCUCAGGGAGACACAGGACACAAAGGGGGAAGAAACCACCUAAAGCUGCAUAUCACCAGCACCACCACUGGCCCUCAGCAACUGAAAGAGAAAUAAAACAAUUAGUGGUGGGGUCAAGAUAAUAAAGCAACACAAGCAAAACACACAAAAAAAAAAAAAAAAAAUUUUAAAAAAAACCUAUGGUUUACAUAAAUUAACUGUUCAAAUAAAAUUUUCAAAACAAAAACUACCUGCAAACCCAAAAUAAAACCCACAAACUACCAAAAACCAAACAGGAAGCUAAAAAAGGAGUAGGAAGUUCACUAAACCCAAAUAAAUCAAACAAAAAGAAUACACCUAUAAACAAUAGCCCAAAACAAAAUGAAGUCCAACUCUAACAAAUCAACCCAAACAAAAAGGACAAAUAUCCUCACCGCUCAAUCACACCUUUAAAACACAAAUGCAACCAAUAGAAGUUUUCCAGGAAGGAGACAGACAGCUAACAGCAGGCCUGAUAAGCACUGUAAGGGCCCGAGCAAAGGCAGCAGGGAAGCCAAAGGGAGCAAAUGGGAGACAAAGCAGAUUCAAGAUUGUUUAACCUGCAAAUGACAAAUAAACCAAAGUCAACAACGCAAUGAAAUGCCCUGGAUGACAAGGACCGCUUGACUCAAACAAGUACAGAUAAAACACGCUACAAGUACUUGGAAGAAUACAAUAAUAUAAGGAUACAAAAAUAUAUAAACAUAUAAAAAAUAUUUACAAAGUGCACAAGUGAUGCAGUAGGUACUGAGUGUGAAAGUAUGCAAUGGGGGAUAAGUCAUUGGGAUAAAUGGAGGUAUGACAAAGCAGCAAGCAGAGCAGGAGAAACAGCAGAUGACGGACCAUCAUUUAGUCCAACCUUACCUUUUAGAAAUUGUAUCAAUAACAAAAACUAUAAUGCUGUGGUUGUGACCUACAUUGAUAGCCAUACUCUUCUACAGCAGCAGGCACACAAACACACACAAACCCGAGGGGAGGGAGAGAGAGAGAGAGACCCAAGCAGCUAUCUGCAUCUCACCUGCGACCACAUUAGCAUUAGCAACGAUUAGCAUCACAAUAGCACAGCAAGUGAAAGAGAGAGACAAACUCACCACACACACGCCAGAGGCACAACAGUUGUUCUGAAGCACAAAACAAGCUAUGAACAUGGAGCUGACAGACCACAAAGACAGCAAAUAAAACAAUGGAGACAUACCUGUGGCAGCCCAACAUCCAGCAGCAGCACAAAGAGAGAAGCAGGGGGAGGAGUCACAGUUUAAAUACUCUCCACUUGUUCACUGAUUGGUCACCUGUGGCACUCAAUUACUUCUUAUUCUUCUUUAUUUUAUUGGCGGUUGGCAACCAACUUAAGGAGCAUUACCGCCACCUACUGGAUUGGAGUGUGGCACAGGAAAUUAGGCAGGAAAAAAAAAAAAGAUAUAUGCCUAUACCAGUGUUGUUUUUUUUGACGACAAUAUUUCUUCAACGCCCCUUUUUUUCAACGAUGAAGAUGUGAUGCUGACAAGCUAGAUGACUAAAAUCUGUCGAGACGAACGUGCGUUUACGUUGACGAGAUGAGACUAGAACAGUUGUUGCGAAAUUCAUGAGCAUUUCAUCAGUCAAACGCCAAACAAAUAUUCUGUAGUGUUGUUUUCGUUGACAAUGACGUUGACAAACUAUUGAUCCUAGUUUGUGUAGAAGUGGACACCAAUCAAUCAAAUCAAUCAAUCAAACUUUGUUUUUAAAAGCACUUUACAUACACGGAAUGUAGCACAAAAUGCUGUCCAUUUGCGCAGGAUAUAAAAAAAUAAUGAAAUAAAAUGGAUAAAAAUACAAAUACCAAACCGCACCUACCCUUUCGACCCCUAUUCAACACAUACAGUACUCACACGCUCACAUGCUCACACACACACGAGUGCACAGAUCCACUCUUCAACCUGCUACAGAUGACUGAGGAAACGCUAUCUUUAGUUAAAAAGAUGAGGAAACACUGGAUCUAGGACUAAAAAGAUAAAACCAUGAUAAAAUAUAAUAAAGGUGAUAAAGCGUUAAAAGUUGAUUAAAUAAAACAGUCUUAAAAUCAAACAAUAAAAGAGAGUAAAUUUUUAAAAAGAGGUAAUAAAACAAAAAUAAUAACUCUAGGACUAAAAUAGCGUAAAUAAUGCAGCUUAAAAGAUUAAAACAAAAUUCAACUAAAAUCCAGACUAAAAAUGUAGGUCUUGAGUUUACUUUUAAAAAUAUGAACAGUAGGUGUCGCUCUCAGGUCUGCAGGUAGGCUGUUCCACAGAUGGGGACUGUAAUGUUGGAAUGAUGAUUCACCAAAUGUUUUACCACUACCUGAAGACCUGAGGGCUCUACUAGGCUCAUACGGUAAAAGCAAAUCAGAUUAAUAAGAAGGACCGAGACCAUUAAGAGCUUUAAAAACCAAUAAAAGAACCUUAAAAUCUACUCUAAAAGACACGGAUAGCCAAUAAUAAAAACACCAUAACAGUCCUGAUAACAGCACCACUCAUAAAUGUGGUUAUAGAGAAUAUCACAGAAUUAGAAUGCACUUCCGCCUCUCUUUGGCAACGUUCAAUGUCGCAGUGCCCUGAGCUCCCAAUCCCACCCUUGUCCAUUUGUUAGCAGAGUUUUGAGUUUCCCAAGCCCCCCAGUGCCCUGGCUUGGGACACCCUCCCAGUGCUGCACUCCCUCGGGCCUGACUGCCUGCCUAGACUUCUUGGCAGCCGUACAGCCAAGGGGAGGAUCAGGAUGACCAGGCGGCUGAGAUAAAGACCUCAUGAAGUUCUCCACAUUACCUCACCCGAUAAGGAAACAAGCGGAGAGAUGCUAUAAGAGAGUGAAAGAGAGAGAGAGAUAGAAAGAGAAGGCCAGACCUAGAGGAUUCUCUGACUAGAUGGUGAUGCGCAGAGAGGCAGCCAGUGCUUGUGUGGUUUCACAGACCGCUGAAGGAACCAGGAGGACUCUAGAAAGACACUUGGAGAUUCUUGAUCAGAGCAAUCCAGUGUUUUUGGAUCAGAAUCAAGAUGCUUACAGAUAAGAUGAAAGGAUGAGCUCAGAUUUUAUGUUCUUUGGCGUUUAAACCCCUUACAGGAUGAUACUUUGGGUGCAAUCCUCACCGCAAGAAAACUAUUUUAAAGCGACUGAACAAAAGUGAAUUAGGAUAGCAAUCGUGAGGAGACACUUCAAAACUGUUUUCACAGCACCAAUGGCGUUAAAUCCUCUGGAGGGUCUCUUGUCGGUGGCUACAAACCACCAGCUGGUCUCCAGUUCUACAGCUCACCUACAGAGGCAGCAGCACUGUGCAGCCAAAGUCCCUGCAGACCUGGACGGGCACAAGAGGGGCGCAUGUAGCAGCUUCAAACAGAAGAAGUGGGUAAGUCUAAACAAAAAGUCCAGUUUCUUGGACCGAGAGUCAAAUAAAUCUAUGAAAUUUGCCUGUAGAGUUGAUUCAUUCCAUAUAAACUUGUGGCUUGUCAUAGCUUAAAUCACAAUUUGAACAUACUAAUAAUUCAACAUAAAAUAUAUUUGCCAAAAUUGAAUAUGAAGAAAGGACACUCUGCAUAAACUGCAGACUGACAUUCAGAUUGUUAGACUGUAAAGAUGUCUUUUAGUAGAGGAUGAAAAAGCUAAAUCAUCUGUAGAUCAUACAAAGUUUCUCACUUUUAACAUGUUCCCUUCUGCAGGUGCACACUGUGUGUGGGUCCAGACCAAAAUGUGGGGCUGGUUGUAAUCAUCUAAUGCGGUCCGGGACACUGAGGGGUCAACACUCACCAGAAAACGCAGCGCGAGAGAGAAGCCGCAUACGCAACCUGCGACAGGCCUUCCACAGCCUGCAGGUACACUUAGAAUAUAUUCAUUAUUUAACUCUGCUGUUUUUGGGGGUAGAAAAACAUAAAAAAAUAUAACUAAAAGAAAAUUAAAUGAGAUUUAUUGCAUAUUAACAUACUCGAACAGUGUAGUGGCAUUGAUUUUUAAGAUUUGGCAGAUCUUGUAAGCAUAUUUAUGAUUUGAUCUAACUCUCUUUUUUGUUUCUGACUCUAUCUUAAGCAAGCUUGUUCAAGAAUAAUAAAAACUGGAUAUAUGAUUGAAAAAAUUACUAUUCAUUUGUUCAAUAAAAAGCGCUUCUAUAAGGCUCUUUGUAUAAAAGUGUCAUAGGUCACAUGAAUCCCGUCUUCACUAAUAAUGGUGAAGACUUCACAACAUAACUGGGCUGCAGAGAGAGUGAGAGCAAGACGAAGUUUCCUGUUUAAAGAUGCUCUGGAUUUCUGUCAUGAAUUUAUAUACAUCAGGAUUACUGAUGAGGGCAUAAGGUUGAUGUAGAGAUAAAGCAGCCAUGUUUUUAAGAGUACAGCACAUUUGGAGCACUCAUGGUCUGCUCUAUUUAGAUAAAACUUGCAGAGCUUGCAAAGCUGCAGGCUUACUUGUGCCUGUGUGUAUGUGGGUGUUGGGGUGAUGGCGUACUCUCGGUGCAAACACAAAUGUGUUGUAUGUAAGUGGAUUGUAAAGAACAUUUUAAAGCUCAUUUUUCAUCCAUUAGUUAAAAAAAAAAUUCAAUUUUUUAAUAUAGAAAUAAACAUAAUUAUAAAAGAGUGAUAAGUGGUUGCAGUUGGAGUUAUAAUUCUGCCUCUGAACAUGUGAAACAGCUUAAGACAACAGGUUACUGCACCGUUUACUGACAAGCAUAAAACACACGGCCAACAGAGAAGAGCAGACCCUUUUAUGUGCCUGUACUUAACUGAUGACAGCCCCUGAUACAGUUCCCUACAGACUUAAACUUCUACCAUUGAUGGGACAGCUGCCAGAUUUGAUCAGAAUAACAAAACGUGGGCAUUACCCAACGCAGGAAACGUUUUAGUCAUUGAUAUUAAUCUGUACCUCGUGUGACAUUAUUGUUUCUGGCUCAGCUGAGCUGUGAUGACAGUUUUGUGUAUCUGCUGAAUCAAUCCUCCCCCAUGAUGUGACACACCCUAAUCUGUACGACUGACACCUAUCCUGUUGUCUUUUCCACUUCUCUUUUUAUGGCGCAUCUUUAAUUCCAUCGAGCUAAAAGCCAUGCAGAAAACUGGUUGAUUAUUUUCUUUAAGAAAUUAAGAUGCAACUAAAAUAAACAAAUAAAUGGAAUUACAGAUGAUCUCUAUGGGCUCUCUUAAGGGUGUGGACACUGGUGUAUUGCAACACGUCCGCUGCCUAUUGUUGCCCCAGUUGAGGGUUUUAAUAGUUUGCCCUUUUGUGGGUUUAAUGCAAAACAGAAACUGGAGUGGUUUGAACCUUUUCUCUGGAACAUCAUUUUUGCUAAAUAAAGACAUGAAAAAGCCUGAAACAACAGAACAUUUUAUUUAUUUGAAUAUGUUAUGAGUUGUGUAAUGCUUCAAAUGUCUUGAUCUGAAUUUGUUCACUUCCCGCAGGCCGCUCUGCCCUCAGUACCGCCAGACACCAAACUGUCCAAGCUGGAUGUUCUGGUUCUGGCCACUAACUACAUAGCACACCUGACAGAGACCCUGGACCAGGGAGGGGCACUGGCUGAUCAGACCCUGUCUGCCAGGACAGGUGGAUAUCUACAUCCAGUCAAAGUAAGAUAAAAGACCCUGCGAUUCACUGUUUUUUUUGUUUUUUUUACAUGCACUGUUUCUCAGAAGAAGCAGGAAGAAAAGUCUACGGUUGGCUGUUAGUAUGAGGAACAUCUUAAAUAUCAGCACUGGAGAUAUGCAAAUAGCCGAAAGAGUGAUUGUUCAUUUCUGCUGAUCCAAAAAAGAUCCAGAGAUAAAUUUCUGUUGUGCAUUUGGAGGAAGAAAGACCUGGUUUGACUCGAGACAUUUCAAAGUAGUUCCUGAAAGGUCAAAUAUGUGGGACUUUCCCUUCAUAUAACUGUAGUGAAUUAUUUCUGUUUACUUCCCUUUACUAACAGCACAGUUUCUGAGAGGUAUGUUAGUGUUUGGUGCAUUACAGCGCCCUCUAAUGGCGGCCCAGAACACAAAUGUAUAUAUGAUUGUAUCAAAUCAUUUUACAGUUUGUUAACUUGGCUGAAAAUUUUAUGAAAUUUUAUCCAAAAUACCGAGAGCAAUUUGGCUUCAGAUUUGUACAAUGACGGGAGGUGGAGCCACGUUGUCCAGUCUAUGAUUUUGACUAAUACUGUAGCUUUAAAAUGUCAAAAGAAACUCAUAUAUUGUUCUGUCUCUCUCCUCAGAAGUGGCCCAUGCGUUCCUUACUCUACUGCGGCAGUGUGGGAAAUCUUCUUACAAAUAUCCCGACCAAUCAGACGCCACCACCUGGACAGAAGGAGACAUACCCACAGACCUCAGCCAUAGAGGAAACCAAAGAGUGA